AUGAACAUGGAAGGCAUUAUGCGACGUGGAUUACCUAAGAGACGAAAGAUCGGUGGUGUCGAACAUGUGAUCGCUGUUGCUUCUGGGAAAGGUGGAGUUGGGAAAUCCACGUUGGCCGCGGCAGCAUCAUUUCGGAAACGCGUGGGCAUCUUGGAUGCGGACAUUUUUGGACCUUCGAUACCUCGUCUAAUGAAUUUAAAAGGCGAACCGCAAAUACACGAAAAAGGUACGAGGCAUCCCUUCGCAUCGGAGGAUUUACAGGAGUUCUGA